AUGCCAAAGUCUAUAUCGUUCAGUAUCCCUUAUGUCAUCAUGACUUAUAGAAUAAGAUUCAAUUAUUCGAAUUGUAGUGAUAUACAGUCCACUACUCUUACCCUUAAACUUCUCUAAGAUGCGCUUUCUUCCGCAUUCAUUAGAAGUAAUGUAAAGGUAUUCAAUACCAUUCUCACAAUGAGUUUCAANUCAUCAUGUCACGACCAGGAUGCCCUAGUCGAUCAUGCCAAAGUCUAUAUCGUUCAGACACUAAUUUACAAAUUCCUUCUCAACACUAAGUGUGAUGAUUCUAUAUUUGCCCCUCCAUUGUCCCUGCCCAAAAUAGUUAUCUGUGCCGCCAAUUUACCGCCAAAAGACAUCCAGAUUUGAAACUAAAUGCAAAGAGCACAACGCAGUAAUAGCGUGUGAAAGAAGAAGCACCUCAGGUUGCGAAAUGGAAGAAGAAGACGAGGUGCUUUCCUCUUCUGAACCAAGCGAGUCGAGCGAUGAGUCCAUCAUCGAGACCGAGAAUGAAGAAGAGGACGACCUCGAUUACAAUGUUAAUAGCGCGGACGAAGAUGACGGCCAUGUAGCUCAAAAAACCAGUAUCCGCCCCGGUCCUAAAGAUCGAAAGUCGGAAAAUGUUGCCGCUCUAGUCAGGGGAAACCUUGAAGUAAGGAGACAAUCUAUACUUCCACGAGUCUAUUCAGUGGCUGAUGCAGCUGUCAACAUCAGAAAGCCCUUUAAACCUCCUAGCUCAAAUGGUUAUAGCAGUAGCAAAGAAGAUCUUGCACACCGUCUCUGGGCUCGCAAAAAGUUUGUGCCAUGGGGGUCCACGAGGCCAGCAUUGAUUGCACUCACAAACAGGGUCAAUUCUCUCGAAAGUGCCGAGAAAGAUGUGUUUGAAGAUGAGGUAUCUCUGCCGCCAGAUAUUGAACCAUUGGUGUUGUGGCAACCUGAAGAAAUCGGAGACGAAUGCUCUACUUCAGAACCUAUAGCAGUGGAACCAUUACUGGUUAAGUUCCUUCGACCUCAUCAAAGAGAAGGUGUCCAAUUCAUGUUUGAAUGUGUUUCAGGACUUUUGAGCUCUUCCAACAUCAAUGGAUGCAUUUUAGCAGACGAUAUGGGUCUAGGGAAGACAUUGCAGUCAAUCACAUUGCUUUAUACUCUUCUUCGCCAAGGUUUUGAUGGAAAAGCAAUGGUCAAGAAAGCAAUAAUUGUGACCCCAACCAGUCUUGUAUCUAAUUGGGAGGCUGAAAUAAAGAAAUGGGUUGGGGAAAGGGUUAAACUUGUUGCUCUGAGUGAGAGCACUCGAGAAGAUGUCAUCUCUGGCAUUCACAGUUUUACCAGUUCCAGUAGCAAUUUACAAGUAUUAAUUGUUUCCUAUGAGACAUUUAGGAUGCAUACUUCAAAGUUUAGCAAUUCUAGUUCAUGUGACCUCCUCAUAUGCGAUGAGGCUCACAGGCUGAAAAAUGAUCAGACAUUGACUAAUCGAGCAUUGGCUUCAUUAUCAUGCAAGCGCCGCAUUUUAUUGUCAGGAACUCCAAUGCAAAAUGAUCUAGAGGAGUUUUAUUCCAUGGUAAAUUUUACUAACCCUGGAGUCUUGGGUGAUGCUGCAUACUUUCGCCGUUACUAUGAGAUGCCCAUUGUUUGUGGUAGAGAACCCUCGGCUACUGAAGAAGAAAAGAGGUUAGGUACCGAACGUUCUACAGAGCUGAGUACAAAAGUUAAUCAGUUUAUAUUGCGGAGGACUAAUGCACUUUUGUCAAAUCAUUUACCACCAAAGAUAAUUGAAGUUAUCUGCUGCAAAUUGACCCCUUUGCAAGCACAACUUUACAGCCAUUUUAUACAUUCUAAAAAUGUAAAACGAGCUAUUACAGAGGAAACAAAACGAUCAAAAAUAUUGGCUUACAUUACUGCCUUAAAAAAGCUCUGCAAUCACCCAAAGCUAAUUUAUGACACAAUAAAGAGUGGGAAGCCAGGUACUAUGGGGUUUGAAGAUAGUAUCACCUUAUUCCCUCAAGAAAUGUUUUCUGGAAGGUCUGGUUCGUGGACUGGUGGAGAUGGUCUUUGGGUAGAAUUAUCUGGGAAAAUGCAUGUAUUAGCCCGGUUAUUGGCUCAACUCCGUCACACAACUGAUGAUAGAAUUGUCCUAGUCUCAAACUACACUCAGACGCUGGACCUUUUUGCUCAACUCUGUCGUGAAAGAAGAUAUCCCUUUGUAAGACUUGAUGGAACGACCUCUAUUACCAAAAGACAAAAGUUAGUAAAUGAGUUUAACGAUCCAUCAAAGGAGGGGUUUGCAUUUCUCUUAAGUAGCAAGGCAGGGGGUUGUGGGCUCAAUUUGAUUGGUGGAAACCGGCUAGUGUUAUUUGAUCCAGACUGGAAUCCCGCAAAUGACAAACAGGCUGCAGCAAGAGUAUGGAGAGAUGGGCAGAAGAAGAGGGUUUUUGUCUAUAGGUUUUUGAGUAGCGGAACUAUAGAAGAAAAGAUUUACCAGCGUCAAAUUUCAAAAGAGGGGCUUCAGCAAGUUAUUCAGCAGGAGCAAACAGAUCAUGAGGUCCAGGGAAGCUUCCUUUCAGCGGAAGAUCUGAGAGACUUGUUCACUUUCCAUGACAAUGCGAGGUCUGAAAUUCACGAAAAGAUCAGUUGCACCCGUUGCCAAGAGCAUGCUGAUGAGGUGAUUAUAGACGGAACUGGUGAAGCAAUGUCCACAGAUAAACCCAACCAGGAAGACAUUGGGGGUUUUGCUGGUGUUGCUGGUGUCUUGAACAAGUUAAAAGGUUCAGAGAAGCAGAUUGGAACUCCCAAAGAAGAGGAUUUAGCUAACUGGGGGCAUCACUUUUUUCCAGCGUCUGUUCCUGAUACCAUUCUUCAGUCUGCAGCUGUCGAUGAGGUUUCAUUUGUGUUCACAUGUCAAAUUGACGGGAAGCUCGUGCCCAUGGAGUCCACAGGGAAGCCAAAACCCGAAGGAGUCGGAGUCGGACAGAUGAACAAUGUGAGUUUGAAAAGGAGGACGCUGCCCCAGAGACGAACAACAUCCCUUUCUUCUCCACCAUGCCAAGCAGUAUCACCAAGUGAUAAAAUAUCAUUAUGUGCCACCAAACAAGCUUCAUUUCAGAUGCCUAAGAAAAAGAGAACGUCACUUGGUGCUCUGAGCGAUGAUGAUUUUGUAUAGGCUUCGUUUCUUCAGUUUGUACGUUCUCAUAAUUUGCGUCAAGAAAAAAAAAGCACACACAAAUAAAUGGAUUUAUUAAGAAUUUUUUAAGAUUUGAAUUAUAAAAAAUACUACCUCCGUCCCACUGUCUUUGUCCACUUUUGACUUUUAGAACUGUUCAUCUAAGCACUUUGACUCAUCAAAUUUUCUCAAUGUGUAAGCCUAAAUAUAGUCAUGUGUGAUCUUGUUUGAUUUGUCUUAACAUAUAGAUUAUUAAUAUAUAAUUUCUAUAAUUUUUUAAUAUACAAAUUACAAGAUAAAAUGGAUUAAAGAAGUGCAUUAGAUGGUGUGCCAAAAGGUAAGUGAACAAAGACAGUGGGACGGA